CACCAGCCUCGCCCUCGCAGCACACUGCCUCUCACCCCCGGGAACCGGCCCUUCCAUCCGUCGAAGAGUUCAUCACUUCCAUUGUCGAGAGAUCACAUGUCCAGACUGCCACCCUCAUGUCUUCGCUCAUCUACCUCAGCCGGUUACGGUCACGCCUCCCCCCUGUUGCAAAGGGCAUGCGCUGCACUGUCCACCGCAUCUUCCUCGCCUCGCUCAUCCUUGCGGCUAAGAACCUCAACGACUCAUCGCCCAAGAACAAGCACUGGGCAAAGUACUCGUCUGUUCGUGGCUACGACAACUUUGGCUUCUCCAUCACAGAGGUCAACCUCAUGGAGAAGCAGUUGCUCUUCCUCCUCGACUGGGACCUCCGCAUCAACACCGACGACCUCUACUACCACCUCGAGCCUUUCCUAGCCCCCAUCCGCGUCUGGCAAUCACGCCAGGCUGAGAAGGCCAGGCUUGCCGAGAAGGAGAAGGAGCUUGCCCGCAAGCAGUACCAGCUCACCACUGAGAACCUCUCGCGUUCAGUCCACACCUACCCGUCAAACUCAUCCAUGUCUUCACACGCUUCCCGUGCUCAGAGGCAUCGCAUGCAAUACGUCCCAUCAUCCCGCGCACCCUCGCGCACACCCUCGCUAUCACCACCCACACGAAGCUCCUCGGCCUCAGUCUCAUCGGAAUCGCCUUCCAGCUUCCACGAGGAGCCUUCAGAGGCCGUUCUCCACCGCUACGACGCGGACCAGGGUGCCAAUGUUGUAUAUAUCAAUGGCCCUAUCCCGUACGCAGCCCCCAAGCAGCAGCAUGCUCUCCCACUGUACGAGCACCAGCCUUCCAAAAAGGUCAAGACGUCAGCCGGCGGCAUCUUCAGCCGGAUGUUCGGCCAGACGGGCGCUUAUGCCGGCCGUCAGGUCACGUAUUAAUUUGAUUCGCUAUCUUGCACACACACACACACUGUCGCUUACCACAACUUUGCCUUGUUUCCUUCUUUGUGUUUUACUUUUUUUUCCUUUUAGCUUUGCGCUUGGUUUCACCAAAGGGAGUCUCAACGGGUGUUAUACGGCUGACAUGAUCUGACGAAAAAUGCUCACUGGAUGGGACAUUUCUUCGCCCAUCUCGUCACCAGUUGCAUUGGAAGGCGUUCAUUUCUCAGCAUUUGCAUAACACAGCAUGGAAUCGGCGUUGGAAAUUAUCAUCCUCAUCACAUCAUCAAUAGUUUGUCGGAGCACCGACGUACGGCUACUAGUUCAAGGUUCGCUCCGCUGUCUGUCCUCGUUUGGCAGGUGGCGCGAGUAAUGAAAAAAUCAU